UGAAAUUUGACAAACGGAAAUCCCGACAGAACGUCAAUCACCAGUGCGCAUGUCCUGAAAAUCCCCGUAAUUUAUUCUCCACUACCUAAAUUCGUUCAACCGCUCGGUUUGAAGUCAUUCUAAACUCGACACUUGACUGUUGUUUUGUGUUCUGCACGCUUUCUGUCAAUUCGCUUAUAAUCGAUAAAUAGAAAGUUUCGCAAACGGUUUACAGUGCCUAAGUUUUACAGAAUUUUAUUUAGUGACCGAUAUUUACAGUGCCUUUUCAAAAAUGUUCAAGCAACACAUCGUUUUCGCAGAUGCCACCGACAAGUCGGUAACCAAAUACGGAUAUUACGAGGGAUCUUCAGAAGAUAGUGGUUUCUUGUCAGGAGACAUCUCCGAAGAAAUCCAGUAUUCCGGCCUCUUAGAAACGGAGUACAAGGAAUCCAACCUGCACCUGAACUCGGGGGUUUCAGACGACAAGCAAGGAAUCGAUGAGAACAUGCUCAUCGACAGCGGGGUUUGCCUUUUGGAUAAUUUCUCAAAGCUCAGCGUUAGCGGGCAAAACAAUUUAGGGGCUCCAGAUAAAAUUAAGUCGUCUGUUGAGUUUCCAAGCCCGAAAUUGGAAGGCCCUUUGGAGAAUUACCAAAUUCAAGACGAGGACGGAGACACAUACCUCCACAUGGCAAUCAAAGAAGGUUUUGUUGACGUCGCCUUGAACCUGAUCAAAGCAGCCCCUCAGCCCCAACUCCUCGAAAUCCCCAACAAAUGCCUUCAGACGCCUCUCCAUCUCGCCGUCGCUACUGGUCAAGCGAGCAUAGCUCGGUGGCUCGUGGUGGCUGGAGUAGACCCGUGUCCCAGAGGGGGCAACGGAAACUCACCCCUCCACAUUGCUGCCCUCAAGAAUGACCCCAAGAGUGUGCAAGCAAUUGCGCAACCUGUCGAGCAGGAAGAGAGAGAUAGGCUGGGUUUGAGCUACCAAGGACAUGUAUGCCUGCCUUGUGAUUUUGAACAGUGGAAUUCUAAUGGCCAAACCUGUGUUCACGUCGCUGCUAUUCGAGGACACGUCGAGGUGCUGACUCAGUUGGUCUGGUACGGAGCAGACAUCAACGCCAAGGAGGGUUGCUCAGGGUAUACGGCCCUGCACUACGCUGUCAAGCAAAGAGAUGAAGCUCUCAUGCAGUACUUGAUUGACUGUAAGAAUAUCGACUUAAAAGUGGAAACGUAUGCAGGAAAUAAUGUCCUCGUAUUCAACAAAGUAAUUCCAGCUUCCAUCAGGGUGUUCUUAAGGAAUGAAGGAGUACCGUCACCUUAUCCUAGCGAUACUGAAGACAGCGAAACUGAGAUGUAUGGCACCAAUGAUGAAUUUAAUGGAAUCAGACUGUGAGGAAUUCGCAAGGUUUUUUAAUUAUUCAAAGUGACUGUGAUGGAGUCUGUACAUACAAUUUGGUUGGCAGUAUUAUACCACUAAACAUUUUAAUAUUUAAAAUGUCGUUUAGGAACCUAUUAUUAUUGAGCAAUGGGGUCCUGUCUAGUCUUUUCAACACUAACUUUCUGAAAGAAAUGUAUGUUUCAAUGUAAAGACUGAGAAUAGAAAUGUAUAUGUGUUCUGUUACAACUUGUAAAUAGUAAUUAGCUUUAAGUUUUUUUUGUUAAUGUAUUUAAAAUGAUCCUAGUUCAUGUGAAAUCUAGAAAAUAUAGUAAUUUAUUUUA